CAAUUGCACGUCUUCCUCUGGCCCUCUUCACAAGCUUCCACAUACACCCUCUCUCUCCUUCCUGUUGUUUGUCUUGCCCUCGUAUAAAAGCCAUUUCCCCGUCCUCUCCUUCACCAUCGUUGUUGGUAGAAGCCCAUUGAUAUCUUCUGAGCGACACCCCUUGACAUCUUUCUCUCGAGGGGUGAAAACCUUGGUUCCAUUUUUCCAGGGCAGAAGAAAAUGGAAUUCACAUUCGAUCAACCGCUGCUGUCGACUGUGCAAUCGCUUCUGAGCGUUCCAGAUGAGAUGGAGAAGUUGUUGAACGCGCCCACACGCAGCUAUGUGCAGGACACCAAGGCCAUGGCCUACACUCCGGCCGACGUGAAGGAGUAUCCCUCCUCCUUCGUCUUCGUUCUCGACAUGCCGGGACUCAAGGCUGAGGAUAUCAAGGUCCAGAUCGAGAACGGCAAUGUCCUCAGCAUCAGCGGCGAGAGGAAAAGGGAUGAGCAUCCGCGACAGAAGGAGAAGGAGAAAGAAAAGGAAGAAGCGGAGGCUAAGUACUUGAGGAUGGAGCGCAGGGUGGGGAAGUUGAUGAGGAAGUUCACGCUGCCGGAGAACGCCAACGCCGACGCCAUCUCCGCCGUUUGCCAGGACGGAGUGCUCACCGUGACCGUGCCUAAGGUGCCGCCACCUGAGCCUAAGAAGCCUAAGACCAUCGAGGUCAAGGUGGCUUGAAGCGGACGCUCUCUGGGCUCGUCCUCCGUUAUCUUCUAUCAUUUGCCUCUUCACUCGGUGGUCUUUGGAUGAGUUCGCCCCUCUUUGAUUUCUUGAGAUUUUUUCCCUUUUUCUGUAUAUGGCAGUGUGCUUCCUUUUGUCUUCCUUGUAAUCAGCUUUUGUAAUAAACGGUGAAAACGUCUCUAUGCUUGCUGUGUUACUUUUGUUUUUCGUCUUGUUCUCACCGGUGCUCUGUUUCUACCGCCGGCUGAAGCGGGCUUUGUUGUUGUUGAAGGAUGAAUUGAU